GGAUCAUGGGUGACGAUGGGAUCGCUGCCCCCCCUAAAGAGUGGUUGUACUGUCAUCUGAGAGAGACUGCCCAACUAAAAAAAAUUAAAAGCAAGAACGGAAACUCAAGCCAAAACUACAUCUCUACAGGAUUAUUUUUUCCCUGAACACGAGACGCUACUUUUCUUUCCAUACAGGCACGGGAAAAAUAAUGAAGUGACGAUUUCCAUUAUUGCAACCACUACUCCUGGAACAAUGUGCACAAAGGCAUUGUAUGCUGAUAGCUGUCGAAAACUCAAAAUAUUGCUUAUUAACAGUACAUUUUCCAUUUUUUUUAAGAAAGUUGUAAUAAAUUUAAGAGAAAGAAACACACGACAUAAUUUCAUAUUUGUGUGUUGGACCCAGCAGUUCAAUCCUGAGCAUUCACUGACUGGUUGCUCACCGUUGGAUUUCCAACCUGAAAAGCAGAACCCUUGUUGUAAUGUCGGGUUGCAGAAUCCAAACCAACUUUUGUUACAAUCACAAAGGCCAUCCCUUGUUUUUCUAUUUUUUAGCAACUUCCUUGUGUACUUGCAUGUUGGUAGUAUCAGAGUAACACAAGAAGAUAAGCACCACUCAAUGAUUAAUAAUGGGAGAAAACUUGCUUGUCUACUUGGCUGGAGCCCCGUUCUUCUUUCAAUUGUCAUUGAAGAAUUCAAUGUAUAAAUGGGUUCUCCUACCUGGUGCAAAUCAACACAAUUUUAAGUUUUGACUACCAGCAUUCAUUCCACUCAUUAAUCCUGCAAUAUUAAGCCGAUGGAUUCUAAUGCAUCAGGCUUCCUUCUAAACCCUCCAGCUCUUCACUCUACUUACUAUCAGCCUAGGGAAGAUGAUGGUAUUAUUGAUCUGGGUCUCAGUCUCAGAACUUUGAAGCCUGAGGCUUAUCAUCCAUCUGGACAUCUGGUAGGCCUGGAGGGAUAUGGUGACCUGAUGGACUGGCCUCGGGCAAACUCACCACUAAAACACUCCACUUCAAGCUACAUUAGAUUUACCCCACAAGAUUGUGACGAGGAGGCAGAGGGAGUUCAGAGCAAAGACAGGUGGGCUUAUGUGAAGGUAAACAUGGAUGGGGUGAUUGUUGGUAGGAAAAUAUGCAUGCUAGAUCAUGGUGGUUACUCAAGCCUCGCACUUCAGCUCGAAGACAUGUUUGGAAGACAAUCUGCAUCUGGGUUAAGGCUGUUCCAAGCAGGUUCUGAAUUCUGCCUGUUCUAUAAGGACAGAGAGGAGAAUUGGAGAACCGUUGGUGAUGUUCCUUGGAAGGAGUUUGUAGAAAGCGUCAAGCGGCUGAGGAUUGCACGAAAAAGCGAACCUCUUCUUCCAUAUUCACCGGCCUUCUCCUGAAUUGUUCUUCUGCCAUCACACCUUUUUAGGCAUUUCUUUGAAUUGCCAUGUCUAUUGUGUAUGAGGCAAAAAUGAGUAGUUAACUUUUAAGCUCCCAAGAAGAAUGAAAGAUGACAUUUGUAUCAGAUAGUAGCCAGCACAUAUUUCAUGUUUCGAGUGGAUAAUUUUUUUAA